AUGACAAAGAUUUUCAGACCAGAUCGUCUCGACAAUCCAGGCGUACACAUACAAGGUCCAAAAGGAGUAGAAUGGAUGAAAGGUACAUUAUAUGUAAUCCGCCUUUUCGGAUCGACCGCAACCCCCACCACCCAAUCUCAUUCCAAUCAUCAUCCACUUGUCAUUCAAGACCCAUUUGCCAUCCAAUCAGCAUCACAAACUUCUCACAAGACAAUGAUUUUGACAUUCAAAUACAAGCAAACAUGGCAUCAAUUCACUUCACAAAAAAAAGCCUCACAAGUGCAAACGCCAGCAUACAACCUAGCCAGCCAAGGUCUUCCAUUGAUGCUCGCCAUCUCAUCUGUGUCCUCAUUCAACUGGUAUAAUCCACUUCUCUCUUAUAGAUUCAUCCUCUUCUUAUUCGAGAUUUACCUAUCGUACAAUCAACAUCACACACUUCUCCUACAAACGACUGAAUAG